CUGCAGUGACGUUUCACAAAUAGUAUAAGUUGUUCUCACAGGCACCAUACGAUGGUGAUGAACUUGAAACAUAUCUGGGACUCUGGAUGUGUGAUAUCCUUCGAAACGCGGAGCUGUUGGCGCUAUUAACAACGCGAAAACCUCUUUGAGAGGCUACCUUAUCGCCUGACGAGCGGCUUUGUCUGCAGUGUGUGGCUUAUGUUUUUGUAAGGCUAGCUAGUUACCUAAUCCAAGCAGUACUGUAACGAGAACGCUAAAGAGGCAAUAUUGUGUAGUUACAUUGUAGCUACGCUAGCUAGGUUGCUAGCUGGGCACUUUAGUGGGAGCUGGUGUGUAGGUGAUGUUCUCCGUACUUUCGUACGGUAGACUGGUUGCCAGAGCUGUCAUCGGCGGACUCUCUCAAACAGACAGCCGCGACUACAGCCUGGUAACAGCGAGUUGCGGUUUUGGGAAGGAUUUUCGCAAGGGUAUCUUGAAGAAAGGCAUGUGUUACGGCGACGACGCUUGCUUUAUUGCCCGACAUAGGUCUGCAGAUGUUUUGGGCGUGGCAGAUGGAGUUGGUGGUUGGAGAGACUACGGUGUGGACCCAUCACAGUUUUCAGGGACCCUGAUGAAAACCUGUGAGCGGCUGGUAAAGGAGGGACGCUUUGUUCCAAGCAACCCUGUUGGGGUCCUCACAACCAGCUACUACGAACUUCUACAAAACAAAGUACCUCUGCUAGGCAGCAGCACGGCUUGUAUUGUGGUUCUGGACCGGCAGAGCCACAGGCUGCACACCGCCAACCUGGGAGACUCCGGCUUCCUGGUGGUACGGGGAGGAGAGGUGGUGCACCGCUCAGACGAACAACAGCACUACUUCAACACCCCCUUCCAGCUCUCCAUCGCACCGCCUGAGGCGGAGGGGGCGGUGCUCAGUGACAGUCCUGACGCUGCAGAUAGUUCGUCCUUUGACGUCCAGUUGGGGGACAUCAUUCUCACAGCCACGGACGGCCUUUUCGACAACAUGCCAGACUACAUGAUACUACAGGAGUUAAAAAAACUCAAGAACACCAAUUAUGAGAGCAUCCAGCAGACGGCCAGGAGCAUUGCAGAACACGCCCACGUUCUGGCAUACGACCCCAACUACAUGUCACCUUUUGCGCAGUUUGCCUGUGACAAUGGACUGAAUGUAAGAGGAGGAAAGCCAGAUGACAUUACAGUGUUGCUGUCAAUAGUGGCAGAGUACACAGACUAGAGAGGGCGUAUGGAGGCAAGGAGGUGAACAAGGAUAGUGAGUCUCUUUGCCAUCUGCCUCUUGAAGACAUUGGACUGCUUUGGUCCCUGCUGGCAGGGAUUAAGGACUGAUGCUGGUGAACCUACCUCCUGCCCUCUUUGAGACUAUCAUUCCUCCAGGACUCAAUCAGGCCCAACACUGACAAUAUAUGCACUGACUUCAUCAGAGUUCAUCUUUAACAGCCUGAAGACACGGAUGACUAAAGCAGAGGGCUAAAGUAGACAUCUAUGCUACCUGAUGCAAAUUAUCUUGGAAAUGUUACAGUUGUUACUGGCCUAAUCCCCGUUGAGCAGCUAUAGGAUGUAGGCGUGUUGACGAUGAAGCACUGAAUCUCACAUUAAAGGGAUAAGUCUGUUAUUUUCAGGUUUGGGCUUGGAGCCUAGCUCAGGAGGUAGACAUUUAGAAAAGGGCUCCGUAGCAGCCAGUCAAAAGAUGAUUGAAAAUCGGCGUAUCAUACCAGUUGGCAUUAAUCAUAGAAACUGAGGUGAUUCGAGGCUGAAAGUAGCAUGAUGAAAUCAAGUUUGAGUAAUAAGGCCAUAAAAACUUGGGCUACACAAAUGCAUUUAAAAAUAAUAAUUGAAGGGCAAGCAUUUUUUAUGCGGGCUUAAGGGCAUGCAUCAAUGUGAUAUAAAUGGAUGAACUGUUUUGGUAUUUUUUUGGGAAAGAGAAUGUGAUAUUUUAAGUUUUGACUGAUUUAAUGGGUUUUAUGAAGACAAUGUUCAGUAGCUGCAUACUUGGCAAUAUCUCAACAUGUUCGGUUAUACACUCUAAGUUAAACAUCUCUACGGAUUAAAAUGAGCCAAGACUGUAUUAUUUUGAUCUGUAGCAGUCAUUUCUAAUGCUUUCUCAGUUGAGGUCAUAGGUUGGUGGCGGGUGUAGGUGACGUAACCACGUCUCAUCAAUAUAAGGAGCAUGUGCACUGUCCAUAAUUAAUCUUAUUCCAAUCUGUCGCCGUUCUCCACAGAUUCUGGCCUUGUCCUAAGGAUGGGGAUUUAUUUUCGUAUUUUUGACAACUUGAUGUCUGUUUAAUCUGGCCUCUCACCCCAGGCUUUGUUGCAAUGGGUGUGACUGCGAGUGAUGUGGAAGGUUAGUGUGUGUGAUAGAGUAACCUCUAUCCUGUUGUGUGUCUGAUGCUCAUGUUGUAUAAAUGCAGAAUGGAUGGACUUUUAUGUAGACUAUACAGCUUUCUUCAGUAUCCUCUGGCAUGCAAUGGAUAUCAACCAUUCACGCACAAGGUUAAAGGAAGCAUAUCUGAAAGCACACAAAUGGAUGUUGGUCAGGUGACAAAGCAAGUUAUAAAACAAAAUGCUUAAUUGGGGUGGGGUAGGUGUAGUCACCUGGAAGUACCAGUUUGGCUUCUGAAUAACUUCACAAUCAGCAUUUAAUCUCUUCUCGUCUGUUACCUGUGUGAAGCUCCAGUGGCACAUCUAAUGAACUUGUCAGUCAGGUCACUUUAAUUCAGAAUUGCAGGUUCCCUUUUGCUCACUCAGUAUGAUACUGUUUGACACUUGAACAACCUGAAUUCACGAAACAUUUUAAAGAACCCCACCUUGAAAAAAGGCCAAGUGAAAAGUGAAGCCAAUUUAGGUUUAGGAUUAUCACUUAACCAACUGAGGAAUAAAGUGUGCAAGACAUUUCUAUUCAUGAAGGCAUGGACCAGUGUUUCACAGGUCCUUGUUAAAAUCGAACAUUGUAAUGUCAUUGUUCAUUGGUCAUUACCAGUUGACAUGGGUAAAGGUUAGCUGUGGUCCUCAUUGAACUAUGGGUCUUGGCAUGCCCUCAUAGUAGACUAUAUAUUGUGGUUACAAAACACUGUGCCAAUGUUACAAGCAAUUUGUCAAGGUUGUUAUCCUACUGGCUUCAAGAGGAAAAAUAAAGUUGACAAUGUUAGCUACCCAGACGACACAUUAGUUACCCAUUUCAGUUGCCUGUGUCUUGGGGUCAAGUUGGUGACUUGCGUCUGCUUGUUAGCCAAUGUACCUUCAGCUUUAAUAGUAAACAAUGUGACGUCCAGAUGGUUCAACAUUACAAGCCAUUUAUUCUUUG